ACUUAAUCUCUUGUGUGUCUUGUCCGUCGAUUCGAUCAGCAUAGCACAGCAACGCAGCCAUGGCCUCGACGUCGGCCACAGCAUCAGGCUCGCCCAGCGAGAUGGCUACUCAGUCGAUCAAAGCCUACGUCAGCGGAGCAUACGAAGCUGGCGAGCUGCCCGAGCCACUGGCAGAGGUACUACGCUCGGGUUCCCUGACGUUGCUGCAGCUCAUCAAGUUGCUCGGCCAAUACCUCACGAGUGAGGAUGAACAGACAAGGUCAAGAGGAGUCGAGAUACUCGCACAGGUGGUCCUCAGCUUGGCACCGUCGGGCCAGGACAGCAAUGCCUCAUCGGCAGCUACUUCCAAGCUCUUCGAUCGCCAGGCUGUGCGAACUCUCACGACCUUCUUCGCCGACAAGCUUCAAGAUGGAUCCAACGUAGCAGCAUCAAUAGCAAAGGCCAACAACGCCACUGGCGAAGCUGUCCCAGGCAGUGCUCCUAGCUAUCGCUUCAAGGCAAUCCCCGUAGGCACCGAGAUGCUGGCUUCGACACUCAAUGCCCUUACUCGCCUCGCCUCCCUGCAAGGCUUCGGCGCCGAGCAAACACGUACCGUAGCCAAGGAGCUCUUCACCCACGUCACGCCGCGCGAUCAUCCUCAGGCGGUGCGAUUCUUGGUCUACUCGCUGCUCGACGCUCUGCUUUCCAGACAUAGGGCUGCAAUCAAGUCGAUGGGCGAUGACUUUUUGAAGGGAUACAUCGAUUUGGCAGAGGGGGAAAAGGAUCCGCGCAAUCUCAUGUACCUGUUCGCGAUGGAUCGGGUCAUUCUGAUCGAGUGGGAUCUCACGCCGGAGCAGGCCGAGGCCCUUUACGACAUCACCUACUGCUACUUCCCCAUCACCUUCCGUCCCCCACCCGACGACCCGUACGGCAUCUCGACAGAAGACCUCAAGAGCGCUCUUCGCUCGUGUCUAACGGCCAACCCCUUGCUCGCACCGCACGCCAUGCCCUUGCUCCUGGAGAAGCUCGCCGCAUCCGGUGGUAACACAAAGCGGGACACGUUGCACACUCUCACUGAGGCUAUGCCUGUUUUCGGCAAGGCGGCCGUCCUCGCAAAUCAGAAGAAGCUCUGGGAGGGGUUCAAGGUCGAGAUUAUGGCGGCCACGGAUGACGAGACUUCACUAUAUGCACAGCGCGCUCUCGCGUCGUUCCUUCGUACCCUUUACGGUCAUAGCGACGACUCUACCGAAGGCAUCGCAACCCGUAUCGUGGCCGAAGCCUUGGACGAGCUGCAGGAGCCCGAGAAGUCUCUCGCCAAGCCGGCGAGCGAGCUGCUGGUCGCAAUGGUCAAGGCUUGCCCUGCUACGGCUCAUUUGGCCACGUAUGCGCUGUUGGAUCAGAUGUUGACCAUGUUCAAGGAUCCGGAGGUUGUGAGCGUGCGUGGGCCCAUCCUCGGACAUAUUGCCACGCUGCUCGCGGCGUUGAGGGAGGUGUACCGGAGCGAAGACGGAGACGAGAUCGCGGGUGCGGUAGUGACACCAUCGUCAGCAGGGGUACACCAGGCGUCGAGCCUCAAGUUCGCUGCGCCAGCUUCAACCACGCAAGAGAUCGCUAAGCCAAGCGAGGAUGGGGCCGCUGCGGGAGCAUCAUCAUCAACUGCGACCACUGAUUCAGCCGCACGCUCAUACGACGGGGAUCGUCGACCCCUCGAUCCUCUGCGCGACGAGCUCCUCUCCGCCCUCAGCAACGGAGUCCGCUCCACUUCGUACCGAGCAAGCGCCCUUCUAGCUUUCGUGCAUCUCACGCACAUUCCGACCUUCCUCUCCGCCGCCGAAACGAACUAUAUCGCCCAGUCGGUCAAUGACUUGAUCCUCUCCCCGGGGGCAGACGAUGUACGCGGGGCGGCAUUGGAUGGGCUCAGGGAUAUUGCCAGAGUCAACCCAAGGGUGCUCGAGGAGACGACGUUGCCCUUGUUGUUCUCGAGAUUGCCUGAAAGGAUGGGCGGGGCGGGACUGGAUGAGGAGGGGGCGUUUGAGCAGCGAGGGGUGGUAAGGCGCGUGCUAGGCUCCCUUGCAAGACUGAGUACGGCGCCUGAGCUCUUCGAGAUGCUCGUCGUAAGGCUCUUCGCCAAGUUGGACCUGCUCUGUCACUUGACUCAGGAGGGUCAGGAGCGAGAGGCCAAUGUUGGCUACCUGCGAGGCCUCCUCGUCACCCUUUUGACGGUGUUGGAGGAGAAGGUGGCCAAGAAGCACACCGAUGUGCCCAAGUACGGCGGAACUUUGCCUGCCAGGCUAUUCACUAUCGCGCUCGAGGCUGGACGAGCGGACAAAUCCACAACAUUACCGUUGGCGAGUGAUUCAAGGGUGCUGCAAGACAUUGGACGCCUCGCUACAGUGCUCUUACGCAGUCUGGGCGCAGAAAAGCAACGAGAGCUCAACGCGUCGCUGCGUACUGCCUUUCUGAGCGACGAUGGACCGCUGAGCCCCACCUCACCAGCGCAUCGCAAAGACACGCUCUUUGUCUACGCAUCGGCGAUUAUGGCCUUGCGCAAGGAGAUUGCCAUCGAGGGCUUGACCCUGACCCAGCUUCUCACUUUCACCAUCGAGGCAACAACCAACCUACAGGCCGACGCGGGCUUCACACUUCUGGCCACACUCGUCAACAAGCAUGUAGCCGAGCCCGUCCCGGAGGAGGUGCAGAGGACGCUCGACAAUUUCUGGUCGAAAGAGGUCGCCUCGAGCAGCAGCAGCAACAACAACGAAGGCGAGGCCGGGAGAAGGCAGCGCGCCAUCCAUGCGUGGUUCUGGAUCGCCAAAGCCCUUGUCGUCAGGAACAGCAAGACGGGUGAGGCAAUGGUAGAGCGAGCACGUGUCGCUCUCUUCGAGGGCAGCGAGAACGAGAGCAACGCAGGCAAGGAAGCGGCUCGUUCCCUCUCCCUCCUUGCGCGAGCAGACGACGGAGUGCUCAGCAAGGAGAACAAUGCCGUCGUCCGCCUACUGUAUAGGCAGAAGUUCUUUGCCUACCUCGUGCCCAGGAUCAUUGAUGGCUACCACGCCCACUCAAAGGGCGACGCAGAUUCGACCUCAUCUUCAGUCUACUUGAUUGCCCUUUCCUCGCUCCUCCCGCACAUGCCACGACCUAUGAUUCAAGAGCGCUUGGCUUCCAUCUUCCCGCUGCUCAUUAGGGCGCUCGACCUUCCCGACGCAAGUGCUCGCGCAUCAGCAGCUACCACAAUCACACUUGCGGCGGCCGUGGGGAAGAAGGAGCGUGAUGCCGAGAUCAAGGCUGGUGGUCGCUCGUCCAGCGAAAAUGACGGGAAGAGCAAGCCGUUGGACCUGGUGGAGUCGCACAUCCACACCCUCAUCGACAGGCUCCUCACUCUCUGCAAGCCAGCGACGUAUUGCACCGUCCCCGUGCGAGUGGCGGCUCUUCGCUGCUUGGCCACGCUGGUGCGUUGCUUGCCCUUCUCCAGGCUGAGGGGCGAGCAGGUCAAGGUGACUAGGGCACUCAGUGCGAACGGAGUGGGAGUGGACGAUCCGCGGAGAGAAGUGAGGCAGGUGGCGGUAGAUACAAGAGCCGUUUGGGCUACGCAGCUUGUGGGGGAGUGAGAGCGAACGGGAUUGGCGACGCGUGGAGCCUGUAUCAAUACCAGCAAUAGAUGUGCAGUCCCAGUAGCG